AUGUGCGAAGACAUUGGUACCAUUCAGAAUCCCCAUUCAGCAAGCAAUGGAGCUGAUAGUUCCUCACCUAGCGAUGACAGCAGUCCCAGUGUGACUGACAGCAGUGUCAAUUCCCUAUUGAAUAAACUGCAAUAUGGAUUGAAACAUGACAUGGAGAGUUCAGAAACCGACAGUUCUACGACAAGCUCAGAUGAAGAGAUGACUUCGUUAGAUUCAGGUGUAAGAACAGUCAUCUAUGAGUCGGCCGGGUCAAAACAAUUUGACUCUGCCCAAAGUGAACCUAAUGCAGAAUUAAAUCGAAAUGAUAACGCGUAUGCC